UAGAUCAUUGUAGGACCGUUACCACUUUGCUGUACCCGGGGUGCAUUGCAAGCCAAAUCCAGCACCCCGUGGCCAGCAGACCGUCAACUCCGCCCUCUUAUCUCUGCAGAUUGUGACAGUUUCGGAAGAUAUAGGUCGAUGCGAUCAAGUAUAACCGUGUGCCAUCAGAGCCAUCAGGAUGCUCUCUGCAGCUGCUUCAGGCAAAGUCGGGUUCAAUAUGGGGAUGGGAGUGGGCAGGUGUGUGUCAGCCUGGUUAAGAGGGUCCCCCAAUGCCCUGAACAGAAGGAGGGACUGGGACCUCUCUCCCAGGUACAGCACCACAGUAGCCAAAUCCAGCACCCAGUCCUUCAACUAUGUCAUCGUGGGCGCUGGCUCGGCGGGCUGCGUCCUGGCCAACCGUCUCACGGAGGAUCCCCAAGAGUCGGUGCUCCUGCUGGAGGCCGGCCCUAAGGACAGGACCCUGGGCAACGUCCGUCUCUCCUGGAAGAUCCACAUGCCGGCCGCCCUCACCUACAACCUGUGUGACGACAAGGUCAACUGGUUCUACCACACCUUGCCCCAGGAGCACGUGAACAACCGGGUGAUGUACUGGCCCCGCGGCAGGGUGUGGGGUGGCUCCUCCUCUCUCAACGCCAUGGUGUACAUCCGGGGCCACGGUGAGGACUACAACCGCUGGCAGAGGGAGGGGGCGGAGGGCUGGGACUACGACCACUGCCUGCCCUACUUCCGCAAGGCCCAGUGCCACGAGCUGGGGGGCGACCGGUACCGGGGAGGCAGCGGGCCCCUGCAUGUGUCCCGGGGAAAGACGAACCACCCUCUACACCGGGCCUUCAUAGAGGCUGGCCAGCAGGCUGGGUACCCCUUCACUAACGACAUGAACGGCUUUCAGCAGGAGGGCUUGGGCUGGAUGGACAUGACCAUCUAUGAAGGUAAGAGGUGGAGCACAGCCAGUGCGUACCUGCGACCGGUCCUUACCCGAGCCAACCUGAGGACAGAGGUGCAAUGUCUGACCACCAGGAUCCUGUUUGAUGGGAGGAGAGCUGUGGGUGUGGAGUACACUCAGAACGGGGAGAAGAAGCAGGUUUUUGCUGAAAAGGAGGUAAUUCUCAGUGGUGGGGCCAUCAACUCCCCACAGCUUCUCAUGCUGUCCGGGGUGGGCAACGCUGAUGACCUGAAACAGCUAGACAUCCCUGUGGUCCAGCAUCUACCAGGAGUGGGCAGUAAUCUUCAGGACCACCUGGAGCUGUAUGUUCAGCAGCAGUGCUCUCAGCCCAUCACCCUGUACAAGGCUCAGAAGCCUUUCCACAUGGUCAAGAUUGGCCUGGAGUGGCUCCUCCAAUAUACAGGAUACGGGGCCACGGCCCACCUGGAGAGCGGGGGCUUCAUCCGGAGCAGAGGGGGCGUGGCCCACCCCGACAUCCAGUUCCACUUCCUGCCCUCGCAGGUCAUCGACCACGGCCGCGUCGCCUCCAAGAUAGAAGCUUACCAGGUUCACGUGGGACCAAUGAGAAGUACUAGUAUUGGAUGGUUAAAGCUGAAGAGCGCCAGCCCUCUAGAUCACCCAAUCAUCCAGCCCAACUACCUCUCAACAGACACAGAUGUAUGGGAGUUCAGGGAGUGUGUCAAGCUUUCUCGGGAGAUCUUUGCCCAGAAGGCCUUCGACCCAUUCCGGGGGCCCGAGGUACAGCCAGGGCCUGAGUGUCAGUCAGAUGCCGAGAUUGAUGCGUUUGUGCGUGACAAGGCAGACAGCGCCUACCAUCCGUCCUGCACGUGUAAGAUGGGUUCUCCAUCUGACCCAAUGGCGGUGGUGGACCCAGAGACGCGCGUGCUGGGCCUCGAGGGCCUCCGUGUGGUCGACGCCUCCAUCAUGCCCAGCGUCGUCAGCGGCAACCUCAACGCCCCCACCAUUAUGAUCGCGGAGAAGGCUGCUGACAUCAUCAGAGGGCGACCGGCGCUCAGCGACCCCGGGGUGCCUGUGUACCAGCCUGGAUCUCUAGAGACCCAGCGAUGAGCUUCACACAGAUGUGUGGAACCUGCAGCGUCACCAUCUCCUAAGGGCCUGAACAGCCAGAGGUGGAUGCUAGGUAUUCAUGUACACAUCCGUCUGUCUUUACCGACAAAGUUUCUCUUUUUUUUUUUUUUUACGAUUUGAUAUAUGUAAAGAAAAACAGUAGCGUAAAAAGUACAGAUAAGCCUUCCAUUGUCUAACCCGUCCAUUGGUGUAAAAUUCUGGUAGAGCUUGUACCUUCAAGGGUCUCAGUGGCAGCUGCUUUUUUGUUUGAUAUUUAAUACUCAGCAUCAUGAAGAUGUAGUAGACUCCGUUGGUAGUCAAUAAAGUGCCACGGCAUGCUAACCAGCAGAAACUACAACCCUGAGAAUCACUUCUGAUUGCAGUGUUCCCUACUUUCCUGAUAAUGCUGGUUUUCUGUCCAACCUCUCUCUUCAUUUACAAUGAGAGCUGGGACGUCCGUUUUAACUGCACUGUUGACAUUUCAUAUGAAUAAUAAAUGAAGUAAAUCAUUACAUUUCUAUGUGGUAAACAUUUAGAUGAAGGCAGUUACCUGAAUUCAGAAACAUGAAUCAACCUUUUGAAAGACUAACUCAUUUCCCAGUGAGUUUCUGAUGUGGUUUGAUCAAGUUCUCUGGGUAUUAAUUCUUACAUUUAUGUUGACAAUUAUAUGAAGAUGAUUUAUAUGAAGGAUUUAAGCUUUUGAUAGUCGCCUGAGUUGCCUUGCCAAUCAUGAAAGUGUCUUUGAAGUAUGUUGUCUUGAUUGAAGUGCCUGAAAUGAAGUAUGUUUGGUAUGAUACAUUUUAUAGUAAUCUAUUGAUUAUUAUAAACUGGGUGGUUCGAGCCCUGAAAGCAAAUUGGCUGACAGCCGUGGUAUAUCAGACCUAUUACGUUCAUAGCCAGUUUAUAAUAGCAAUAAGGCACCUCUGGGGUUUGUGUUUUAUGGCCAAUAUACCACGGCUAAAGGCUGUGUCCAGGUACACCACGUUGCGUCAUGCAUAAGAACAUCCCUUAGCCGUGGUAUAUUGGCCACAUACCACACCCCCUUGUGCCUUAUCGCUUAAUUUGAGCAGAGCUGCAAUAUGUUACAGUAGUAUUCUCAUACACUUGUAUAGUAUUAACCCUUAUGUUCAUGCUAGCUUUAACAAUGUGACUUCUAAGUCUUAAGGCUCUACUCAAUCAGAUCGGUUUUAGCCGACAUCCGCAUAGUAGUUGUUUUAGCGGUGUCCGAGGUGGAACAGCGUUAGAGCUGUCAAGUGGCUCCUGGCCUUAUACCUAAAACAGACAUUGCCAUUGGCCGCACGAAGUCCCAUGCAGCCUUGAUUACAAGUUUGAACACUGGAAUGUGAGAUGUGAUCUCGGGCCCAGAUUAAAUCGGAUCAAGCGUGAACCGGCGACUGCCAACACCCACACAGCGGAUGUUUUUGGCAGUGUCUGCGGGUUGGAGCUGUCAGAUUGGUGAGCAGCUGCUCUUAUAAUCAUUGUAACGAAGCCGCACUCGUCCCAGUUACGUUAGAAGUUCAGAACCAGAAAAUGUAGGCUACAUAGAAAUGACGCUGAAGAUGAAAAUCAUUAAACGAAAUGAGGAUCUCUAUCAGCCUAAUCCAGGUGUAGAUUACAUCUCAACAUUCCAGUGUUCAAAUUUGUGAACAAGGCUGCAUGGGAUUUCUGUUAAUGCGACUCCGUGCAACCAAUGGCAAUGUCCGCUUUAGGUGGAUUUGACAUUUCUAACGCAGUUCCACCUCCAACAUCGUCAAAACAACCACUUUGCGGAUGUCGGGUAAAGUGGAUCUGAUUGAGUGGAGCCCUUGAGCUGAUUGACUUUAAGCCUUACACGAACACUUUGCACACCGAUUUUAGCGCAGAUUCAAGAACCGCUGUGAUUGUGAAAAUUAAUAUUCUUUAGAAAUCCUUGUAAGAUUUGAUUAUUUUUCUAAUUCCUGCCGUCUGAGUACGUAGAGCACAGAUGCUGUCCUCUGGAGGCAUUCGGUGCCGUGGAGUUUAUUCAGUUGUGGACAUUACAAAAUCAUCAGCAGUCCAUUAUAUUUCCAGGCAAAUAUUCAAGACCCUAACGCGAAUGUAUUUUUUUGUUAAACUACAUUUUUAGGUAAAACUAAUUUGCUACUAAGUGGAAUUAGCUGUAAUGUUAGCGGGUAGAAAUCCUCAAGUACAGUGAAUCAUUUUAACCUUCAUUUACACAUUGUCUACAGGGUUUAACAUUACCCUCAACAUUUCAAUGCAUCUUUAAAACAGAAGUAGUCUGAAAAAAUAAAGCUGUGAAUUGCACAAGUUGUAUAACAAACCUU